AUGAGUGAUUGCAACCUGGUUUCAACCCCCAUGGAACCCGGCGUUAAACUUUCAAGAUAUGAUAGAGGAGAAAAGGUAGAUCCGAGUGUUUAUUGUAGUCUAGUUGGAAGUCUGAGGUACUUGACAUGUACAAGGCCGGAUCUGUCUCUGAGUGUUGGAAUAAUAAGCCGAUUUAUGGAAGAGCCGAAGUAUACUCAUUGGAAGGUGACAAAGAGAAUUCUAAGAUAUGUGAAAGGAACAAUUUCUCAAGGACUUCUUUACUUGAAGUCAGACAAGUACAAGCUGACAGGCUACUCGGAUAGUGAUUGGUGCGGAGAUGUGGAUGACAGAAAGAGCACGGCUGGCUAUGUAUUUUUUAUGGGGAAUACGGCGUUUACUUGGGUAUCGAAGAAGGAACCCAUUGUAACUCUAUCUACAUGCGAAGCCGAGUACGUAGCUGCUUCGUGGUGCGUGUGCCAUGCAAUUUAG